CACGGCGCGUCGUCGCCGGAGGCGGCAGUGCUGGUACGGCCGUGCCCGUCGGCGCGAUGGCCCGCUCGGUCCGAGUGACGCUGCUGCUGGCGCUGCACAUCUCGGCACGAUCGGCCGCCGACCGGUACGGCGACGACGGCCGCAACUCACACAGUAACGAAAUUGAAUACGGCAUUGAGACGGAGGAGGGCGAUCCUACCUUUGUCAAGUGGAUCGGAAACGUCACGGCACCCGUAGGAAAGGAUGUCACCCUGCAGUGCUCCGUGCAGAACGUCGGAAACUAUAAGGUCGGCUGGAUGAAGUCGGAUACGGGCACCAUCCUGACGGUGCACGACCAGGUGGUGACGACCAACCCACGAAUCAGCGUCAGCCACGACAUGCAGCACACCUGGAGUAUCCACAUUCGCCAGCUGAAGGCGUCCGACCACGGCUGCUACAUGUGCCAGCUCAACGCCAAACCAAUGCGCAGUCAAAUGGGAUGCGUGGAUGUGCAAGUGCCCCCCGACAUCAACAGUGACGAGUCGAGCAGUGACCUCAGCCUGGCCGAGGGGGAGACGGCCCGACUGACCUGUACCGCUCACGGCUACCCGCGACCAAACAUCACCUGGCGCAGGGAGGACUACGAGCCCAUCUUCGUGCACGGAGACUACCGCAACAGGCAAAAGGAGUACCAGGCGAACGGCGAGACGUUGCUGCUGACCAAGAUUACCCGGCGACAGAUGGGCGCCUACCUCUGCAUUGCCCGAAACGACGUACCGCCGGCCAUCAGCAAACGGAUCUUCGUCUACGUCAACUUCCGACCGGAGAUCACGGCCGUCCCGGAGCUGCUCGGAACCAUCAUCGGCGAGCAGGCCACGCUGCGCUGCGACAUCCAGGCCUACCCCAACACCGUCAACUACUGGGUCAAUAACCGCAACGAGAUGCUGCUUGGAACGCCCAAACAUCUGAUCUCGGACGAGCGGCACGGCUACCGGACUACUAUGUGGCUGCGUAUCCUGCGUGUAUCCGAGGACGACAUCGGCGUGUACCGCUGCGUCUCCUCUAACUCAAUGGGCUCCGCCGAGGGCGAGAUCCGACUGCACAAGAUCUACCGGCGGCCGACGGCGGCGGGCCGCGGCCGCUCGGUGCACGGGCCGCGGCACACGGCGGCCACCGAGGUGCCACCGCCGCUGCCGGCCGCCUCCGCCGCCGGCCGGCCACCGCCGCUCCCCGCCGCGUCACUGCUCGUCACCGGCGCGUUACCCCUCGCCGCCGCCGUCAGCUGGCGUCGCUGACGGUAGCGAGGGGAAGUGGUCGGAGCGGCGCGACGGCGGGCGGUGCUUCUUUGUUUCGUCGGUGAUGAUGCGCGCAGUGUGAUUGAUAGCUUUAUUUGGAGUCGACCUGAUCCUUGUGAAUCGUUAUCGACGAUGUUCACAUGCAAAUGCUUGUUUAAGAUGCGGCCGGCGCGGUGGGCGCGCAGUGUGGCGGCAGUGCGUUAGUGCGUUGCGAUGCAGGUGGCGUUUUCUACCGGCGAACUGCCGGUUUUGCCGCCGCGAAGGGGUGAUUUGCAUGGUCCGCGGCGGCUGGGACGGACUCACCGGUCGCUCGGCAGAGCCGGUAACGGCGAGUAGAUCGGCUCAACGGAGUUCUCCUUGUAAAAAAACCAACCCGAGGAUAUUAUCAGUCAUAACUGUUGAGGCCGGCUCAGUGAGGCGGCCGAUAGAUGCAAUUAUUGAUGGCCCGUGCAGAUGCACGGAGCCAACCCUGAGGUUUAUAGUGUGAUUUGAUAUGGUGUUGCGAAUGGGUGAAGUGUUCUAUAUACGAAAGGUCAUUCGUAAUAUAUCAGCAACGGUGACCUGAUAA